GACUGCGUAGAUGGAUUCUGAAUCGCGCCUGUGCUUUGAUAAAUUCAAGCAACUGUGAACGUGUCCCAAAUUCAAAUUGACAGUUCUAUCGGCUCGCGAAUGUUGCCGACUGUGUGGAUUUACGGAUUUAAUCCGUUCGACCUGGACAGUGACGGAGAUUUGAAAGAGGUUCAACUAAGCACCCAUCUCGGCAACGAUGAUCAACAGGAUUUCCUCAUUGAACUUACUUCAACCCACGCUCUGGUCGCAUGCGGGAGUGCAUUAAUUUCCCACUCCUGCAUUACGGAACAAUCGCACAAAAUCGACUGCGGAAGCCGAAUAGUCCAACUGUCGGCAAACAACUGGCACUGUUUGGUUCUCCUGGAAAGUGGAACCCUACUCAAGUACAACAUCUACAAGAACCAAACAAGCCAGCUUGACUUCCUAUCCGUGGAAAAUGCAUCCGAGUCUGAGGAAAGCACGGAGAAAGUCACCCACAUAGCUUGUGGGGAAAAAGUAUCCGUUGCGGUCACUAGCGAGAAGUCCGUGUUCAAUAUUCCCAGCAAGACGUUCACCUUUCCGAGGCACGCCCGCAUCCGGAAGAUUGCGGUCGGGCUGGAACAUUGUCUGCUGCUAACCGGCAACGGGGACGUCUAUAGUUGGGGCUGUGGAUUACGGGGACAGUUGGGCAAUGGUGAAAUAACACCGCACCAGGAACGGCCACAGCUGAUAGAAGCACUGGCCGGGGUCAAAAUCAUCGACAUCGCCGCCGGUGGGUGGCACUCGGCGGCGGUUUCCUCGUUCGGAGACUUGUACUGCUGGGGUUGGAAUAGUAAGGGACAGCUUGGGCUGGUGGAUGAUAAGCAGGUGAGAGGGAGUGUGUUUACUCUACCGCAGUUGAUUGAGUUUGAUGGAGGCAGUGGCGAAGCACAGGAGGAAGUCUCACUGGAGCGGGUGCACUGUGGCAGUGGUCAUACGAUAGCGGUAAGUACCGGGGGAACGUUGUACUUUGCCGGCAAUGAUCUGCGGCAAAAGCUGGAUUACGGAAAAGUUGAACGGAAUCCAAAGCUUUCCGGAUUCCGGAGGUUUGAAAGCUUUCCUAAAGUUGGUGGUGAAACGCUUUUGAUAGGUGGGCCUAAUUCGAUUGCUUUCAUUGUCACAGCGGGUAAAGCAAAAUCAGUGGGGACAUGAUGAGAAGUUGCACUAUUCAACGGUAGAUGUCUUAAUUGAAAUUGAGUUGUUGCCAGAGCUGGCGGAAGUGGAUUGUUGUUUUAGUU